AUGGUGGUUGGUCUCGUCGGUGAAGGAGGCAAAGCCGACGUCGAUGCUAACGCUGCUGCGGCGAUCACCGGCGAGCUCUACUCCCGCGCCUCCUACUGGGCGCGCCAGAUGUCGUCGCACGGUGUCACCAUGUCUGAUUCAACCCGACCUAGCAAUGACUCAGAGAGAGAGGCUCAGUACAUGUUUGAUUCAACACCUGAACCCUCACCGCCUGCAUCUCUGCAUGUCAAUAUUGAAGACUUAGAUGAAGAAAUUGAGGAACCUGUUCCUCUGAGAGUGACACCCUCUCCCGAAGUAAGAUUGAAGUAUGCUAUCAACUCCCCACGGCCUGGCGAAGUACUGCCCAGUCGUGGAAAGAAAGUGGUGACGAAGCUCAAGGCCGAGAAGAAAGAAAAGGCCAAGAGAUUCAAGGAUGUGCCACCUCACACUGCUGAAGAAAUCUUCAUUUUCUAUUCCUCAGAAGACGACGCUGAAGGGAAGACCAGGAUGAAGAGAAAGCACCGUCUCCAGCACAUCAUUCGUAAACACUCCCAUGUGCUCGCAGCUAAGAUCCGAAGAAGAACCAAGGAAGCAGAGAAUGCCAACAUGUAUUUUCCUGCUCCCAAGCUGGGACACUUCAAGAUUGUCCGCAAGGAUGGAGGACCUCACCGUGAGGAAUUCAACAAGAAAGCUCUGAAGAUCAUUAGAGACAUAAAUUAUGUUGACAUCUCCAAGAAGCCCAAGUCCAAGAAGGCUUUAUUUGCUGAAGACGGUGACGUUUUCCUGUCUGAACCUGCAGUUGAGCUGCGUGGUCCUGCCAGAGCAUCUAGGCUCAGAGGUUCUUCAUUGCCUCCUCAAGUGCCUCGCAACAAGCCCAGUGAAGAAUCUAAGGGCAAGGCAAAGAUGCCUGAGAAGAGGAAAGGCUCUGAAGAUUCAGAGAAACAGUUCAAGAAGGAUCUGAAGAAAGCCAAGAGAGCCUCAGCUGUUGGACCCGGUUAUUCAUCGAAAUAUGCUGCGGAUGCUGCUGCCAUGGCUUAUGGAGAGAUUCCCUAUCCUCCUCAAGUCGUCCAUAUCAACCCCGUUUGCUUGAUUGUUGCCAAGGCUCAGGCUGAAGAAUGGGAGCAGAACCGAAGUAUUCGUGUUGCCAGAAGGUUAGAAGAAGAAGAACGAGCUGAGAAGGAACGUGUCGAGAAAGAGAAGGCAGAAGCUGCCUUAAGGAGAAAAGAAGAGAAGAAAGCUGCUGAAUUGCAAAAGAAGAAAGCUGAGAAGGAAGCUGAGGAGAAGAAAAGGGCUGACCUCAUCGCGCUGAAGAAAGAAAAGGAAAUCGCUUUGAAGACUCGGGCUGAGCUUGAGAGGAAGAAGAAGAAGGCUCUGCUCGUUGAGCAAAUGAAGCAACCAGACGAGAGCAUUAAGGCUGAUAAAGCUAAGAGCGAUGCCAGAAAGAAAGCCGCCAAGGAGAAAUCUCCUGAGGAACAAGGCGGAAAUGAAGAGGUUGACAAAGAGAAGACUGAAUAUGAGAAAAUGAGGGAUGCCGCUUGUGAGAUCCGUCGUGAGAUCGGUCUCAAGGCCAGAAAUGACCCAGCAGCCCCCUCGGACACUGAAGAAAGUCAGGAUUUACCAGCGCCAGUCCUACCAAAGAAGAUCACCAUGACUCGCAAGGCGUCAGAGAUUGCUAAAGUGAAGAAGACUGCCAAGGAGUUUGGUUUGAGAAUCAAAGUUCCUGCUGGAAGAAGUCCCUCCACUUCAUCGUCUGUUGCAGAUCCUCGGAAGAAUAAAGCUAUUGACACCCCUGUGCCAGAUAUAUCCAAUGUCAAGCUUACUUCACUCCUUGAGGAAUCGGAACAAGCUGCUUCAUCACCAACAGUACUGUCUGAGCAAACCACCCAGCAGGAAGAAGUAGAUGAGGUGCUGGGGCAGAAUAAGGAAGAGCUCGCUCGUCCUGAAGAACCCCCCACCAGCAGCUCGUUGCCUCGGAUAGAGUCUGUGGAUGCCUCUGCUGAAGAAGGAAGAACUUGUGACUUCGAAGCUGAAGCCACCCGUGACCUCAACGUCAACGAUGCAGAGACUGAUGCAGAUGCCCCCGUGCCAACGCCGCAAAUUGCGCCAAAGAAGAAGCGAUCUGGAGUGCCAAAGGAUCACGAGGACAGGAGACUCUCGCGGAUGCUCGUGAGAUCUCAAGCAAUGUCCGAGGACAACCGGGAGUUACUGUCUCGGAAGCCCAAGAUGCUAGUCUCCUCUGACCGUGAGAAAGUAUACUUCAAAGCCUUGAAGAACGCUGAGCUUCGCCUUGUGAGGCUGAACAAUGGGCUGAAGUACAAAGAGGACAGAUCAGCUGAAGACCCGAGAUUCUGGUCUUUUGAGCAGCAGGAUUAUUAUGCGCAGAUUCUUCUGCCCAGGAAACACUUUGCAAAGAUGAAGUAUCUUAAUGAUGAUUGGUUUUCUUCCAAUCGUCAGAAUGGUGUCAUGCCUACAAUCAAUGCGCUCAAUGAUCUGAAUCUGUUGAAGUUUGUUGAAACCUGCCAGAACUGGAACGAUGAGCUGAUUCUUCAGUUCUAUGCUACAUUUGGCAGGAAGAAGGAUUCCCAGGCGCCUUAUGCACCUCAGAUCAUGAAGAUCAUUUUGCAGUUGUCUGAGAAACGCUUUGAAUUGGAGCAUCAACACAAGUACUUCUCGUUGAAGCCUCAGGACACAGAGCCGUCUGUGCUUUCUCAUACCUCAGUGUCUGACCGCCCGUCAAAGGAGUCUUCACAGCCCGUUCCGUCGCAACCGCAGCUGCAGAAAUCACUUCAUCCAUCUGAUUCUCAGUUUGAGACCAGCUCCGGCACGGAUGGUUCUUUGAAGAACCUGGUAGUGAAGCUCUCCCGAAAGAUUGACGAUCAGCAAGAUUUGCUUGAGAAGCAGACAGCUCUUCUGAAGAAUCAAGAAGUGCUGAUCAAGAAGCUGAUAUCCCGCGAAGACAAGACCAGUGGCAUGCUUCAAUAUUUUCUCGCCAAGCACUACCCCAAUGUCCUGAAGCGUGAAGACAGCGAAGCUACUCCAAGCCAAUAG